CACGCACUUUGGAACUUCGACCUAUGACAACUCAUUAAUCUCCAGUCGCUGUUCCACCUCGUUGCACGAUGUCUAAAAAUGCAUAUGACAGCGACUCGUCUGGUGAUGACGAAAGCGUGUAUGAGGAAACAAAUGUUCUGCUUGGAUAUGCCUCGACAGAACCAGUCGACGAUCCCAUCAGCCACUUUGGUGGCAUUCCCACAUGGAUCAGCGAAGAUGAGUCCCCUUCGGCGACCUUGGUGAAAUGCAAAGUCUGCAAUGAUCUUAUGGUGCUCCUCCUGCAACUGCACAGCGACAUUCCAGAAAAGUUUCCUGGCCACGAACGGCGUCUAUAUGUCUUCACCUGCAAACGGAAAGCUUGUAGAAGAAAGAUUGGGAGUGUUCGGGGUAUACGAGCUACCAGAGUUGCAAAGGGGACCGCAGUUCGAAAUGCAAAGCCUGCGAAGGUGGAGGGCACUCAGGAAUCCGCUGUGGCCGCACCACGAUCCAAUCUGGGUGACGAGAUAUUCGGGGUGACCACGUCGCGAACAGCAUCGCAGGCAGGAAACCCGUUCUCAACUACGAACAGCUCAUCCGGACCGAUUAAUCCAUUUUCAUCGUCAUCAACCUCUUCACUCGCCGCGAAAUCUCCCCAGCCGCCUACUCCAGAUCCAUCAAGUCUGAAUACCUCAUUCGCGGAUGUGUUGAGAAUAUCCACUCCCGAAUCCACGUCCAAUUCCACAUCAGAACCGAAAUCGAACAUCGCAUCGACUUACGAACCAUGGCCACCACAAUCGUCCUUUCUUGAUCCAUACCCCCAGUUCUACCUGGAUGCAGACUACGAAACCCUUUCGCCUGAAUCAUCUCCAACUCUUCCUCCGAAUAUUUCCGCAUCCAUGGAUAUUGACACUACAGAAUCUGCCGCUGGAGGUGCUGCAGACGACGCGGACUUGUUCGAGAGCUCGGUGGAUAAGACUUUCCAAGCCUUUGCUCGGAGAAUGGAACAGAACCCUGAGCAAGUUCUACGAUAUGAGUUCGGAGGUUCUCCCGUGCUAUAUCGGAAGAACGAUGCAAUAGGUCAAGUGUUUUCGUCCUCGCUAUCUAUCGGGGGUAAGGCCCAAGUCAUUGGUCCUGAGGCGCCAGCAAGGGUCCCGAAAUGCGAGAAUUGCCAGAGCGCAAGGCUUUUCGAAUGUCAGUUGACCCCGCAUGCGAUCACGGUGUUGGAGGAAAAUGAAGAGGGCUUGGAAGGCAUGGACUGGGGGAGUAUCAUAAUGGUGGUGUGUAGUAAAGAUUGCGUCCCACAGGGUAUUGACGAGGGCAAGACCGGGUUUGUGGAGGAAUGGAUCGGAGUUCAGUGGGAGGAACUGCUUGAAAAGAGAUGA